AUGACAGUCCGAGCUCUGCGCCUCUGGGUGACCAUCGCCCUCCAGCUGACAGGCGUCUCCCCGCUCGUCAUCCCGCACGACAGAGGAGCAGCGGGCGGUGAGGCCGGCCCGGAUGCGACACAGACGGCGACCAAGAGGCUGGACGACUUGAUCCACCUGAAGGAUUUGCCCCCGGCUCCCAUGGUGGCUCCCCGCAAGAAGGCGCCCAAGUUUAUGUUGGAUUUUUUCAACGCAGUGUCGGUAAACAGCGGGACCGCGAAAAGCCAGAAGGAGAUUCUGGAGGGGAACAUAGUGAGGAGCUUCGAGGAUAAAGGCCAUGCCGGAGAGAGGUUUCACUUCUUCAACCUGUCGUCUUUCGGCAGAGAGGAGCGGAUGAUCAAAGCGGAGUUCCGCUGGUUCAGGCAGAAACAGAAGUUUUACCUGGGAAAGUCACAUCGGCCGCAUUUCUACAAGGUGGAUCUGUAUGAGGUGCUGGACAGCAGAGUGAAGCCAUGGAGAGGAAACCUCAUCACCUCCAGACUGGUGCCCUUGUACACUCAGGGCUGGGAGGUCUUCAACGUCACUCAAAUGGUGUCCAAGUGGAUUCGCAACAGCCAGGAGAACAACGGCAUCCUGGUGGUGACCACGCUGCCUUCAGGUGACUGGCUGGAGUCGGUGGUUUCCUCCCCGCAGUACGGAGAGCUGGCAGACAGGAACGCCUACCUGGUCAUAUUCUCAGACGACGGCAGGACAGGAGGAGCCGUAAACGCAUCACGUAGCCUGGGUCAAGCCCAGCCCGCCGCUGCUCCACCUGCCGCACCUGAGAUCCAGGACUCCCGCAGCAGGAGACGGCGCGCAGCCCCGGGCAUCCUGCCCCGCGGCCGGCCCCAGUCCUGCCAGCGGGUCCCCCUCUUCGUCGACUUCGAGGAGAUCGGCUGGUCGGGGUGGAUCAUCUCCCCCCGGGGCUACAACGCCUACCAGUGCAAAGGCUCGUGUCCGUUCCCGCUGGGGGAAAGCCUCCGCGCCACCAACCACGCCACCGUGCGCUCCAUCAUGCACGCGCUCAAGCUCUCGAGCGAUGACGUGGGCGCGCCCUGCUGCGUGCCCGACAGACUGCAGUCCAUCAGUUUGUUGUAUUUCGACGACGAGGAGAACGUGGUUUUGAAGCAGUACGACGACAUGGUGGCGGUGAGCUGCGGCUGUCACUGA